AAGUGGCCUCCUGUUGCCGAGGGGACGGGCCAGGCAGAUGCCAACAUGGCAGCGGUUGGGUCUGGUGGUUCCACCGCGGCGGCCGGGCCAGGGACGGUCUCCGCAGGGGCGUUGGAACCUGGGACCGCGAGUGCGGGUAACGUGAAGCACUUGGUUCUUUUCCUCCACGAGGCUGUCCUGGUGCAGUAUGUGGACACACUCAAGCUCGCAGUGCCCUCUCUCAUCUACACCUUGCAGAAUAACCUCCAGUACGUUGCCAUCUCCAACCUGCCAGCUGCCACUUUCCAGGUGACGUACCAGCUGAAGAUCCUGACCACAGCACUGUUCUCCGUGCUCAUGCUGAACCGCAGUCUUUCCCGGCUGCAGUGGGCCUCCCUGCUGCUCCUCUUCACUGGCGUCGCCAUUGUCCAGGCACAACAAGCUGGUGGCGGGGGCCCACGGCCACUGGAUCAGAACCCUGGGGCCGGCCUAGCGGCUGUCGUGGCCUCCUGUCUCUCCUCGGGCUUUGCAGGUGUCUACUUCGAGAAGAUCCUCAAAGGCAGCUCAGGCUCCGUGUGGCUGCGCAACCUGCAGCUGGGCCUCUUUGGCACAGCGCUGGGCCUGGUGGGGCUCUGGUGGGCCGAGGGCACUGCCGUGGCCCGCCGCGGUUUCUUUUUCGGGUACACGCCUGCUGUCUGGGGCGUGGUGCUCAAUCAGGCCUUCGGCGGGCUACUGGUGGCUGUUGUCGUUAAGUAUGCCGACAACAUCCUCAAGGGCUUUGCCACCUCCUUGUCCAUCGUGCUGUCCACUGUUGCCUCCAUCCGCCUCUUUGGCUUCCAUGUGGACCCCUUGUUUGCCCUUGGCGCCGGGCUGGUCAUCGGUGCGGUCUACCUCUACAGCCUUCCCCGAGGUGCAGCCAAAGCCAUAGCUUCCGCCUCCGGGUCUGCCUCCGGGCCCUGCACUCACCAGCAGCCUCCCGGGCAGCCGCCACCACCACAGCUGUCUUCCCACCAUGGAGACCUCAGCACGGAACCCUUUCUGCCAAAGUCAGUGCUGGUGAAGUGAGGGCUGGCGGCGGUGGGGGGAGUCAGGGAGGGGCGCCGGGUGGAGGGUAUUGGGCAUCUGCAGGACCAGUUGCCACUGGGGCCUGGCUCCUCUGGGGUUGGAAGGGUCUUUUCUUCCAGGUCAUUGAGACUUCUGGAAGGGUAUGGGACUAGGGCAGGGCGUCACAGGAACCCUUCCUCAUAGCCAGGGGUUUUUAGAACCGCCUCCUGUGUCCCAGUCUAACCCCUUUGGGGACCAGGUCGGGGGAGCAUCGUCAUUCAAGGCCUUUUACGUCUGCCCCCUUCAGCCGGAGGUGUCCUGUCUCUCAUGCCUGGGAGAGCCCCUCCCAGUAAUCCCUAUACCUUUGCAGGGACAAAUUGGACAAAAAUCCUACAGCUCUUCAGUAAUGACUGAUGCCUCCCUGUGGGGUUCCGUUUCCCAUAGCUUGAGGCUUUCUCUCCCUGACGACCAUACCAGAUCAUGUUAGCAGCUCAGUCUUUUUGUGGCCUUGGGGCAGCUUCCCUGACAUAAGGACCUGAAAAUGGGCCUCUUGUGAGCGCCCAGGGAGAGAGGAGGGAUGGGAAGCGAGAGCUGAGAUUUUUGUAUCAGCCCAUUCAGGGGGAGGGUGCAGUUAGGGGCUAUUUGAUUUUUAGUGGUUCGGAGGUUUGUGGUGUAAUCAGGUGAAUGAUCCAGGGUGUAGGGAAAAUGGGGAAGGGAGGUCCUUGACGUGGCCUAAUCUCAUAGAAUCUAAGACACUGUCAGUUGCUGGAUGCAGGUUUAUUUUCUAAGACAUCCUGCGAGGAAAAAUAAAGCUGCCAACCACACUCAUGGUACCCCAUUGGCUGUUUGAGGCACCCUUACUUCAUGCGGGGGUGUCUUUAAAUUGCUGAAAUGUGGGACCUGCCCCCUGCACUCCCCAAAGCUUAUUAACCCCUUAACUGUCUCCCAGGAUGUGUGUGUGUGUGUGUGUGUUGUGUGCGUGUUGUGUGUGUGCGCGCGCGUGUGCCUGUGUGUGCCCGCGCGCUUGCGCAUGGGAAACGCCUGGGCUAUCUUUGCUAUAUGUACAUAGGGGCGUUGGAUCUUUAUUUUUGAUUAAUUUGUUCUGAUUUUUUGGUUUGUUUUUUAAGGAACUGUAAUGAACAAAUGUCAGGAUACCCAAUGCCAAAUAAAGAUGUUGUAUUUAUUUAG